AUGGCCGACUCCACAUUAAACGAUGUAAGCAAAAUGAAGGUAGUUGAUUUACGAAAAGAGCUGAAAUCACGUGGACUUUCGUAUGCCGGCGAUAAAGCAGAACUUGUGGCAAGAUUGCAAGGUGCCAUGGCUCAAGACGAUCACGGAGAUAUUAACUUGGAUUCAGAUGAAAUAGAUUCGGACGGAGUUCUAGAUGAUGAGGAUGAUAAAAGUCAAAAUGAUAUCUUGGAUGAUGCAGCGGUCGACACAUUGACUGAGGAACUAGCCUUGGAAGAGAAGUCUCCCACCAAGGAAGCUAUAGAAACGAAACCACCUAGAACUCUCAAACGGAGAAUAACAUCCGACACAACAAAGACAGUCGAAAAUAAAGACGCAGGUUCUAAGAAAAUCAUACUCAAUAGGAACGCAUCCAUUUUGAAUGCAAGGAAAUCUAUCGACGAAGAAAAGAAACUGACAGAAAAAGCCAGUGAACCUGUAACAGACGCAGUAAAUGCAAAUAAAACUGAAACCAACAAGAUAAGGAUAACCGCUGAUAUAGACCCAAAGACGAGAAUGGAAAUGCGUGCCAAACGUUUUGGUUUACCAGUCAAAAUGACAGACGAACAGAGGAAGGAGGCAAGAAAACAGAGAUUUAAUCAAAACUCAAACAGUGCAAACACUGAAAGCAAAGUUAUAACUACGGCAAAUAACCCAUCACUCUCCGACAAUCUUAAUAAAUUGAAACAAAGAGCAGAAAGGUUUGGACAGUCUGUCUCCGCCAUCAUGACCGACAUUGAAAAUAAAGAAAAAUUAGAGAAACGCAAAGCCAAGUUUAGCACAGUAGUUUAA